AUCAGCUACAUCCCAAUAAAAUUCGCCAACCUCAACAAGUGGAUUCCAUUUACAUACCAACAACUUGAUCGUUCUGAUUUUACGAUCGAUUCCUUUCAUUCAUCUUACUCAAGCCUAAAACCUUUCGAAAGACGGACAUGCAGGUUCACCAAGCUGUCUUCCUCAUUGCGAGCUGCCUGCUACACGCUUGCAGCUCCUACGACACAUCCGAUCCGAAUAUAAAGUGCGUUCCCAGAGUUAAGACUGGGAGGGCUAAUUGCAAGAGCGCAUACGCCAAAAUCAUUUACGAAAGCGAUUCAACUCUUGAUCAAAAUGAGAGGCACGUUCAAAGGAUUUCCGGGAACUGCGCUGUCAUGGUUGAUAAGCCCUUCAAUGUUAAAAUAACCCGGCAAACCAUUGAAGACGGAUUCGCUAAAAUGUUGGGUCAUUGCAAGGAACACCCUGGUACUUACACUCUUCCAGAUUUCCAAGGGGUGACAUUGAGCACCAGAGAGCGACUACCCUAUCCAAGAAUCGAGGCUGAUACUCCCAACGACCAGCUAACAUGUUACGGAACAAAAGACCAUACCACACCGGAUGAUUGUGCUGCGGCCUACAACGCACUCCCCACCAAUUCUGAUGGGCUUUUUACGACCCAAGGAUCCACCUGUACUUCUGUUAAUCACAGUUUCAAAAGUUGCAAUGUGCUCAUAACAUCAUCAGAUGCAUCAGCCAUGACUAUAACCAAAACAGAUGCAACUCUUAUAAUCUAUAAAAUCAUUUCAACAUGCAAUGGAAAGUGGGGUGGUAUGGCUGUUCAAAAUGGGGUGCUUGGUAGGAAUGGUAGGAUUGUUGUGAUACUUUCCCCAACAGGACAAUAUACCUAAACUCACACAUCUUUUAUGAAGAUCCGUUUUGUUCAAAAUCUACUAAUGAUUUUCAAAAUUUACCAAUUAGUACAUAUUGUGUAUCUUCAAAA